ACCAACCACGGAAUUAUUCCAUUUUCCGAACACCAAAAAAGUAAAAACAAACAAAUCAAAAACCGAGGAAGCCUCGCGAAGGAGGAGGAAAGCGAUGGGGAAGGGCAAGGUGCAUCCGUCGCCGUCGCUGCCGCCGCCGGCGGCGGGAGGAGGAGGGGAGGUGACGGCGGAGGCGGUGCUGAUGCGGCUGCUCCCGGCGGCGGUGCUGGCGGCCGCGGCGCCGCUCGGGGCCGAGGGGAAGGAGGUGCUGGCGUACCUGGUGCUGGCCUCGCUGCGGUCCUCAGCGCUGCCCGCGCCGCCCGCGACGCCGGCUCGCGGCGAGGCGGGGCACCGGCCGGAGCUCGGGUGCGGAUGCUUCGGGUGCUACACGGCCUACUGGUCCCGCUGGGAUGGGUCCCCGGAGGGUGACCGCGAGGCCAUCCACCGCGCCAUCGAGGCCUUCGAGGAGCACCUGGCGAAAGAGGAGAAAGAGGGCGCCGGCGGCGGCAAGGGGGGAGGCGGGGCUCGCCGCGGCCGUAAGAAGCGCGCCGCCAAGGAGGCCGCCGCUGCCAAGGACGCCGCCAAGGAGAAGGCCAGCAAGGGGAAGGGGAAGGGCAAGAGCAAGGAGGUCGCCGUCGACCCCCUACCCCUCCCGCCGGCGGCGGCUUCCCCUGCUCCGGAGGAGGCCCCGAAGGUGGAGGACGGCGCGGAGUACCUCACCGCGGAGGAGGAGAAGGAGCAUGAGCCGGAGGAUGCCGCCGCCGGCGAGGAGGAGAAGCGGCGGCGCGGUUGGGGCGGCGUGCUGAACUGGAGGUCCUGGGGCCUGUGGGGGUCCCACUAGUCAGUGAACGGCUUGCUCCCCGGUUGGUGCCCCCUCCUCUCUAGCCUCUGCUGCUCAGUUAGGUUUGUUCGUUGGUGCCUUAGUUGUUGGGGGAGAUUUUGAUCCCCUUUCUUUUUUUCAUCUUCUGGUAAAUUGGGGGUUUAGCAAGCAGCUGAAAUCAGGUUGGUUAGGAAUGUUUAAUACUACUACUACACUACUACUACGCGCUUAGCAUGUCAGAUUAGCAUCGACACUCUCAUACGCCCAGCCAGCAGUACCAUGAUAAUAAUGGCAAUGUGUUCAUCAGUUUGGUGUGGUCGAUCAUGUUUGUUUCUGUAGGUGGUGGUUGUUGGUGUACAUAUUUAGUACGCAGGUAACAGGUUUGUGGAAUUAGUAGUGUGUGGUUGAUGUAAUCAAUCGCUGUAAAUUAAUGGUAGCAAAUCAGUACUUACUAUAUAUGUGCAGUGCAGAUGGUUUGUGAAUGCUA